GCGGAAUUCCCUUUAUCCAUAUGAAUGUACACACGGGAAAGCAAGUAUAACGCAUCACUAAUGUUUCAGUGAAAGCGGCAGUGAGCACUGCAGAGAGACUGCAGGGAACAUGCAAAAAAAAUAACAUGAGUGUGAUAAAGUGGUUGCAGAACGUGUGAGAAGGACAGUGGAAACUUCAUGUCACGUGUUUCUGAGCAAAAUGUAAAAAAAACAAAAAACCCACACAGACGUCCUUGUCACCAUAUUUGUUGGCGUGGCAGUGAGAAGAAAAGAUGGUCUUACAGUGGUCUUUGUUCUUCAUGUACAUUUACAUUAAAGUUACUCCAACAGAAGCUUCAUCUUGGACUGCUGCUGUGCCAUCCUCAGUGAAAGGUCUCCUUGGCUCAUGUGUGGUGAUCCCCUGCUCUUAUAACUACCCAGAUCCAAAAACCAGUACCACAGGCUUUACAGGGAUUUGGUACAAUGACAAUAAUCAAGUGAUCUGUCAUUCUGAUAAAUCUCAAAUGUUGGAUCAGUUUCGGAGUCGGACAAAGCUGCUGGGAGACCUCAGCAAGAAGAAUUGUUCUCUGAUGAUCGAAGAUCUUCAUCAAAGUGAUGGAGGGCCUUUAUAUUUCCGGAUUGAAAUUAAAGGCUAUGACCAGUACUCCUACAAAAAUAACAAAGUCUCUGUUUCAGUCAGUCAACCUGAUUUAUCUGUGCAAGAGGAGGUAAAGGAGGGUGAGAAUGUGUCUGCAUCCUGCUCCGUGUUUCACUCCUGCCCCACAUAUCCACCUUCUUUCAUCUGGAGUCACUCUGGAGAGCAGCACGAUCAAACACAGCAGCUUCAUGAAGGCCAGUGGAACUCAACAUCUACUCUGACCUUUCACCCAAACCGCUCUGAUCACAACAAGCCUUUAAAAUGCAACAUAACAUACCAUAGAGGGCUGUACGUGGAAACAUCUAAGAAACUUCAAGUAAAAUAUGGCCCUGACAUCAAGACUUCCUCAAAGUGCUCCUCCGAGGGCGGCGUGGUAAAGUGUGAGUGCAUCGUAGAGUCCGAGCCUCCCAGCAUGGUCUAUUUUAUUCUUGGUGACAGAGUCAUGCAAAGCAGCAAAGCAGAGAAAAAUGGCUCUGUUACUAUUGAGACUCUGCAGACAGACUUUGGGUCUUUCAGCUUUGUGCACUGCCUGGCAAACAACAGGCUGGGAUAUGACAACAUCUUACUCUCUAUACCUGUUAAAGACAACAUGCAGAAUAUUCUUAUCUUGUCUGGAGCAGGUGUGAUUUUGCUGAUUAUUUUGAUAGGAAGUGGAGUGGGAGUUGUUAAAAAAUGCAGGGGGAGAUCAAGAGACACAACAACCACUAACUUGAGCACCAUGAUGUCAGACAGACCUGUGGAGCUCCCUCAUAGUGGCCCACCAAAAAGGAAAAUGAGCCGUAAGAACAUCCCUUCCCCUGACAUGUACACCAAUUAUCCUGUCUAUGGCAACACUGACUGGGAUGAGUCAAUAUACGCCAAUGUGUAGCAUGUGGAAGACCAGCUGCAGUCCAUGUUUGUGUCCUCUAUAUAUGAGUUAAGAACGAGUCAAGUGUUUUUUUUCAAUGUUUAUCACUUAUAUCUGUCAUAUAUAAUUCACAUUUUAUUUGUGUAAUACAAAAAUUCAAUAUUAAUGUCUAAACAGGAAGAUGGUCACUUCAUCAGAAGUCGACUUUUUGUAGUGUUUUUUCUGUCAUUUGAUUUUUUUUUUUUUAUGAGAGUGGCACAAUAUCAUCUGAUCCCAUUAAGUCUGGUGAUUUCAGCUUU